GUAUGAGCGCAGAUGCAGUUUUCUCUCCUCUAAACCAGUCCACAAGCGUUGACUACAGCGGGAAGGUCCCUGUGGAGCACCUGGACUAUGGUUACAUUGAAAAGUGCAAAGAUGUCAAAUACCUGGAGAUGAUCUUGAGAGUACUGAGAUCGGGUGAGGAGGGCAUUUAUCCUCAUCUAAUUAAGUUCUGUGAGAGUCACUUGGAGAAACUGGACCCUCUGAGCCGAGCCCUCAGGAAGGAAAACCCUGUGACCACAGCAGCCAGCCUCUCUUAUGAUGAGUGGAGCCAAAUUGUUGAUGACUUGAAGAUGUGGCAGGAGGAAACCAAAAACACUGAGACAUCACUAAAACUGCAGUCAGUGUUUGAUGAUCUAGUGAAUCAAAAUAUGCCACCCAUAAGAGGUUCCAAUUGCUCCAUUUCACUUAGUCAGUCUUCAGAUCCAAAAGAAAAGAAGAAUUCUUCAAAACACACUCUCCCACGUGAUUAUGGAGAAUGGGACAAGUUUGAUGUUGAAAAAGAAUGUGAAAAAGUCGAUGGAAAUUUGGUCAAAAAUGAGCCAUCUGCCAUUAUAAACACAGGACACCCCCAAAUCAAGACUACAGUCGACACCUCAUUGCUGACACAACAGGAGAAGCUCCUUCUGGCAAAUCGUGAAAAGGACAAAGGCAAUGAAGCUUUCAGAGCAAAUGAUUAUGAGGAGGCGGUUGCAUACUAUUCCAGAAGCCUUUCCAUUAUACCAACUGUGGUUGCAUACAACAACAGAGCCCAGGCAGAGAUCAAUCUUAAGCACUGGCACAAUGCCAUGAGAGACUGUCUGAGUGUGCUCGAGCUGGAACCAGCCAAUAUGAAAGCUCUGCUCCGUCGUGCCACUGUUUAUAAUCACAUGGGCAACUUCCAAAUGGCUGCUGAAGACCUGAGGGUGGUGCUUAGGAAAGAGCCGCAGAAUGCUGCAGCCACUAAACUUCUGUCUGAAAUUGAGAAGAAGACGAUGAAGGAAUGCCAGCAGCAAAGCAAAGGGAAAAAAAUCCUUAUCCAAGAAGUAGAAGAGGAAGUCAACAAUUGCGAUGAGACAAAAGCAGAACAGACUGCUCGUCCGGUUGAACCCAGCCAGCCUGUGGGAGGGGAGGAGAGCUCAGCUGCUCCUGCCGAAAGGGGAGACAUGGGUAACGCUCAAAAAAAGUCCCACAGCAGAGGGGACGGGGGUCCUCACAGUGAGUCCAACAACUCCCACCACGGACACUGGAAGAGCAAAGGAGGAAGCGCUGACAAGUACAGAGUCACACAGGAGUCCAAGGAAAAGGUAGCCAAUGGAACCAGCAAGAGGGGAUCGACAGCUUCAGUUCCGGCCGAUCAGAGCGGUAAAGAAACUCCGGUUGGAGGAUAUGCAGGGGAAACUGUCAACCUUGAUGCCCCAUGUGGAGCCCUGCCCCCACCUCUGGCCCGGCUAAAGAAUGAAGGGAACCUGCUGUUUAAAAAUGGACAGUUUGCUGAUGCACUGGAGAAAUACUCACAAGCCAUUCAAGGCUAUACAGAUUCAGGGAUUGAUAGUCCGGAGGAUCUGUGUAUUCUGUAUUCAAACAGAGCAGCUUGCUACCUCAAAGAUGGCAACAGUCAGGAGUGCAUACAGGACUGUACGAGAGCCCUGGAGCUGCAGUCAUUCUCCCUCAAGCCUCUCCUGCGCAGGGCCAUGGCUUAUGAGUCCCUGGAGCGCUACCGUAAGGCCUAUGUGGAUUACAAGACAGUACUGCAGAUAGACAUCAGUGUGCAGGCAGCACACGACAGCGUCAACAGGAUCACUCGUCUGCUCAUAGAGCAGGAUGGCGCGGACUGGAGAGAGAAACUUCCGGAGAUUCCCCUGGUGCCUCUGUCAGCUCAGCAGCAUCGCCGAGAAGAGCCACCCAGCACAGAGGUCCUCCAGGCUCGAGCAGAGAAGGCAGCCAGAGAUGCAGAAAGGAAAGCAGAGGUCCGUUUUGCAGCUUUGAAGCAAGAAGGGAAUGACUUUGUGAAGAAGGGCCAAUUCCAGGAUGCACUGGGAAAGUACACUGAAUGCCUUAAGCUAAAGCCAGAAGAGUGUGCUAUCUACACCAACAGAGCCCUGUGCUACUUGAAGCUGGAGAGGUUUGCUGAGGCCAAGCAGGACUGUGAUGCAGCACUGAAAGUGGAGCCAACCAAUAAGAAAGCCUUCUACAGACGAGCCCUGGCCAAUAAAGGCCUUAAGGACUACCUGGCAUGCAGCUCUGACCUGCAGGAGGUACUGCAUCAGGAUCCCAACGUGCAGGAGGCUGAGAAGGAGCUGGAGGAGGUCACAGUGUUGCUCAGACAGAGUCUGGCCAAUGCAAACGCUUCUCCAGCCAAACCCAGAAAGACUGUCCCCAUCACCGAGGUUGAUGGUGACGAGGAAAUGACAGGCUUUUCUUACUCAGAGAGCAGUCACAGGGGAGAGGACAUCACCAUCAACCUCCAGCCAACCGACGCCUAUGAGUUCGGCCAGGCUCUGAACGCAGCUCGCAGCAGUGGAAACACGGCGGCCUGCGCAGAUCUGCUGGCCUCCACAACCCCGGAGAUGCUUCCCCAGCUCCUGAGCACCCAGCUGGAUGGAAACACCAUCAGCUUCCUAAUGCAGGCACUGGACUCCCACCUUCUGGAAAAAGACCCAAACCUGGUCUACCGUCACCUCAACCAUUUGCACACAGCAGACAGGUUCUCGGUUGUAUUGAUGCUGCUGGAGAAGGACGAGCGCCGUCACAUGACUCAGCUGUUUGAGCAUCUGUCUGCUGUUCAGAGCACAGAGUUCACUAAGAACGAUGUUCAGAAUCUGGCCAACAAAUACAUCUGACCCUCCUGCCCCUGCUCCCUGCUGCAUGAGCUGCUGCGCCACUACGACUCUUGGAUCUAUGCAAAACACUGCACAAGAACUGAGUACACAAAGGCAGGAAGCUACAGAAUGUGCCUCAGAGCAACACAAUGGAACUGAGUCACAUUCACUCUCCUGCUCUGUGCUGUAAAUGAUCUGAUCACUGUAUGAUUGAGUGACAGUAUAAGGAAUAUAUUUUUCUCUCCAGAACGUUUUGCUAUGCAGAUUUACUUUUGUACCACCACUUGCAUUGUACAGUGGGCAGACAGAGGGAUACUAUGGACCUUUCACUUUGGUGUAUGAAUAACUAGGGUCCAAUGUGCAAUGUUAUGUAAGGCUACAGAGAGUGUUUAUGAGUUAUGCUCAGGACAGGCUCAUGUUCCCAGAACUGAGCUUCGUUGUUCCGGUCCUUGAACCCUGUCAGUCUUUUGAUAUCAGUCAUUUAAUAAACGAGCUUCUGUCAGACACCAGCUAAGAUAACGAAUUAUAUUCAGUGCAUGCUGAAUAUUACCCAGCCAAGGAACAAGCGGGGUCAUUUCCUACUGCAUUAAUAAAGACGUUUGUUGCUGUGGGUCAAAACCGUAAGAUAAACAGUUAUAUUAUGCCCAUUUGUACUCUAUGACCUCUGUGUGAGGAACAGACCUGCAUGGUAUCUUAUUGCUGUUCUGUUCAGUAUGAUAGCACUAUCUGUUCAACUGAUAUUCACUGUUGUAGGAGAAGAUACAAUUUGUAACCUUACAUGACUCAGAUGCUCUUUUCUGUUUAUUCAGCUAUGCAAUUAUCUAAUCCGGGUUCUAAUGUCAAAUCACUCUCAAAGGCUGGUGAUUGCCUCUUUUCCAUAGGGAAUGAUAUAAAGUCAUUCAACUUAUUUGUUUACCAAAUUAGCCUGACAGCCAAUGCACAUCUGCACAUUCAUCUUCAUAGCAGUUCAGCUGUGCAGGUGUGUGCACACGAAAGAGAAAAGCAGCAUCUUUAUGAGAUGUGUGCCUUAGAUUUCAGACUAGGGGUGGACUUACAUUUUGGUGAGUGUGCAGAUACUCCUAAAGUAUAUUUAUGUCACUCAGUAGCUUUUAUCUAAAUGUUAAAUGGUUUGGAUUUAUGCAUCAUGAAUAGUACAUAUAUUCACUUAGCUACAUGCACGUAAAAUGUUGUUAAAAUGUGUCAUUUAUUUGCUAAUUUAAAGACAGUCUGUCAAUGUUAAGUAUUUAUGAUUAUUAUUGAACAUUCCAGUCAUCCAAAAUUAAAGAUUGCCUGAAUCCAAACCAUUCUUUGUUUUCAUGAAUGUACCAAAUUUAUCUCAAAGUGACAAGGUGGGGGGCAAGAGGCAAUAAUUUCCCAUGUUCCACAGUUUUAACAUAUUUUAGUAGAGAUGAAAAAAAGAAAUGUGUACAGUAUUUACAGAGGGCUAUUCAGGGCUAUUCAAUAAACUGGAUAAAAUGUUUUCUCUGUGCUAAGAUGAAAUGAAAUAGUUAAAUAAAAAUAAAAAUGUAACACCCUGACUAUUUACAGUGCUUACAUUUCCUUAAAAACAGGACGGGACAACAUUUCAUAUAUAUUUUUUUUAUUUUUCUGAUAUGCAUUUACACGCAUAUAGUAAAGCAAAUUACCAAACAAAUAUACAAAUACCUUAUGCCAUUCUGCACAAAUUACAAAUUAUAUCUGGCACUAGUGUUUCAAAUUAGGAUCAAGAAACUGGAGUUUUGGUGAAGAAUGAAAAACCGAACCGGGGAGGAAGAACAAAACAUUUUUUUUAAUGCGGGGAGGACUGCAGCAUGUAGCCUUAUCCGCCAAACCAAACUCAGUGUUCAUUCAGUAACAGACCUGGGUCAAAAUACCAUUCAAGAUGCAUUUACCUACCUGGUAGAGGUUCACCUGAGCCGACUCAGUGGCCUCAAUAAAGCUGACCACUGAGCGGUAAAGACAGGCUUUUAGCAAACACUCUGAAAUAAAGUGUUGAAAACAGAAAUUUGACUUCAAGUCUGCUCAGCAGCACCGAUUGGCAACACAGACAGGAAUCACAGGACAAAUCAAUAGGGAAGGUACCCCAGAACCGACCUAUGUAUCCCCUUUAACCUGUGUGCAUUGCAGAACAUCAAUGUAAGAAGAAAUACAGGUAACAGUGCAGGUGCCUUGGACCGUUCUGCGGCCACAGUUAUUUGCGUAGCAUUUGUGAAGCAUGUACAAAACAGCAGUCUGUAUGUCUGUAUAAUCCUGGGUCUUGUCUUCAUUCAUCCCCGUGGUGUAAAAAGGAUGCACUAUACUGUGUCUAUGGGUGACAAGUCAAAGGUAUAAGAUUUAACAAGAGCCUGAGUGCUGUCUUUGGUAGGCAAUUGAGAAGUCUUCAUUUACCAUGUCUACCACAGUAUGUUCUGUAUGUGAAUGAGCAUCCCUCCUACACAGACAGACAUUCUGCAACCUAUAAUGAGUCGUCGUGUGGAGUCUUGAAGACACAGUGGAGAGAGAGAGAGAGAGAGAGAGAGAGAGAGAGACAAACAGAGA